GCGGUAUUCAAUAAUGUAACAAUAAUGCCGCCUGGUGUUCAAAUAUUGUAACUUCCUUUUCCUGCUCUUGCGUUCUCUUUUCGUAUUGUCCUCCAAAAAGGAGUGUUAUUUUUUAUUAAAAUUUGGAUAUUUUAUCCAGUUUUUUCAACAAAAUGAAGGGAUUUCAAAGAUUUGUGGAAACAGGCAGAAUUGCCUAUGUCAACAAUGGACCUGAGAAAGGAAAAUUGGUUGCUAUUGUCGAUGUCAUCGAUCAAAACAGAGUUUUAAUCGAUGGACCAAUGUACAAAAUAGGAAGAACUCAAAUGAGACUUUCGGACCUUCAUUUGACUAAAUUGAAAUUAAAAAUGCCUCGUACAGGUAGCACACGAGUUGUAAGAAAAGCAUGGACCGAUGCUAAAGUCGGUGAAAAAUGGGCUGCUACAAUGUGGGCUAAAAAAGUCGAGGCAAAGAAAAAGAGAGCCGCAUUGAGCGAUUUUGAUCGUUUCAAAUUGCGAAAGGCAAAACAAAUUCGCAACAAAUUAAGAACAUCCGCAUUCUUCAGGUUAAAGCGUCAAGCGAAACCAAGCAAAGAACAGAAAAAAUAAAUGCUUGAUUUAUUUUUAAGGUAAAAUAAAAUAUUGCUAAAUAAA